UUUCUCAGUCAAUAUUUUCAUUUUUGUUUCGUACGAGUAGUAUUUCUCAAAUAUCAAAGAAAUUGUAAAAAAUUUUAGGAAAGUAUCUCUUCGAAGGUGAUUUUUUAUAAAUAACGAAGAAGCUAUGUUAUCAUGGUAACCACUGAAUGCUAUUAAACAAGGAAAACCUGGAAAACGAAAUCAUUCAUUGGCGUAAUUUCUUUUUGCAAGCACUUUGUGAAGUUCGCUGGUAAAAACUCCUUGAAAACUUGAUUUCUCAUUAAGUGUGCAUAUUUGAGUCUCCCACAAUGAGUGCAGAUGGUUCUUCGAUACGCUUUAGCGACCACACACUGGACAAAGCAACUAAAGCUAAGGUAACUCUGGAAAAUUAUUACAGUAAUUUGGUAACUCAAUAUGGAGAGCGCAAACAACGGCUUGCCAAAUUAGAGGCUCAGCUGAAGGAUGAAAGCCUAACAGAGUCACAAAGACAAGAGAAAAGACUACAACAUGCACAGAAAGAAACAGAGUUUUUACGUCUUAAAAGAUUACGUUUAGGUGUUGAAGACUUCGAAGCAUUAAAAGUAAUUGGAAGAGGUGCGUUUGGAGAAGUGCGACUGGUGCAGAAAAAGGACACAGGGCAUGUGUAUGCUAUGAAAGUUUUACGUAAAGCGGAUAUGCUUGAAAAGGAGCAAGUGGCUCAUGUACGCGCUGAACGCGAUGUCCUUGUUGAAGCCGACCACCAAUGGGUAGUUAAAAUGUACUACAGCUUUCAGGAUCCCGUCAAUUUGUAUUUAAUAAUGGAGUUCUUACCGGGUGGCGACAUGAUGACGCUUCUAAUGAAAAAGGAUACGCUCUCAGAAGAAUGUACACAGUUCUACAUUAGCGAAACUGCCUUGGCCAUAGACUCAAUUCAUAAAUUAGGCUUCAUACAUAGGGAUAUAAAGCCUGAUAACUUACUACUUGAUGCACGUGGACAUUUAAAGCUUUCUGAUUUUGGUUUAUGCACGGGCUUAAAAAAGUCGCAUCGUACAGACUUUUACCGGGAUCUUUCACAAGCCAAACCAUCCGAUUUCAUUGGAACUUGCGCUAGUCCAAUGGAUUCAAAACGGCGUGCAGAGUCUUGGAAACGCAACCGCAGAGCUUUGGCCUAUAGCACAGUUGGCACACCUGAUUACAUUGCCCCUGAAGUAUUCUUACAGACUGGUUACGGCCCUGCGUGUGACUGGUGGUCAUUAGGUGUAAUAAUGUACGAAAUGCUUAUGGGUUACCCACCAUUCUGUUCAGACAAUCCUCAAGAUACAUACCGCAAAGUGAUGAAUUGGCGAGAAACAUUAAUAUUUCCGCCCGAAAUACCAAUAUCAGAGGAAGCGAAAGAUACAAUUGUCAAAUUCUGCUGCGAGGCCGAUCGCCGUUUGGGUUCGCAGCGUGGUCUUGAGGACCUAAAAUCAGUGUCAUUCUUUAGAGGAGUGGAUUGGGAACAUAUUCGCGAACGUCCUGCAGCCAUCCCCGUCGAUGUGCGAUCAAUUGAUGAUACGUCCAACUUUGACGAGUUCCCCGACGUUUCAUUGGAAAUACCAUCAGCACCUAUACCUCAAGGCAGCGAAAUAGCCAAGGAUUGGGUAUUCAUUAACUACACAUUUAAACGCUUUGAAGUGCGAAAUUUGGAGUGAAGUCAUUACUAUCUGGGCACAGCUGCAUAGGAAUGCUUCAUUAAACUUGAUUCAAUGAUUUAAAAUCGAACAUUACUAAUUUAAUAUUGUAUUUAUUGAGUUAAAUUAGAAAAAGUAACUUAACUUUAAUGACUAUUUAUUGUUGUCUCAUAUCCAAACAUUUGCAGAUGUAAGUGUCGAGGACAGUUUGUAGUGAUUAUUUCAAAUCUACCUAUUAAGUUUUGUUAAGAAAUGCUCACUUACCAAAUUUAUCAGAUGUGUGUUUCCAGAUGAAGAUUUUUAAUUAGUAUUUUUGUUUUCAUUUACUAAUCAUUUAUCUGAAUCAAAUAAACGACAGUAUUUUGCAAUUAGUUGCACAAUAUUAUUUAUCUUUUGCUGUACUGAUUCAGAAUAAUAUAAUUCAAUAGAACUCAAACUACAGAUGUAUGCUCUUUGCCUAAGUUGAAGCGAUAUAUUGUGAAUAUAUAAUAUAAACUGAAUUUAGUGUUAUAAUUCACAAUGCUAGAUGUAAUAAUGUAUGUACUUCGCAAUACUUAACGUAGAAUAACAGUUUAUUUGCGCUUCUGUGCUAGAUGUUUCGUGUAAACACGUUAGGAAUCACAUUAACCCACUCUGAAAAAUUUUAAAUUAUUUUUGGUAACGCAUAGAAAUAAACGAUAAAAAUAUGAUAAAAUAGAUAUUGCAAUAAACGACGAAUGUGGAUUUACAAAUAGAACACA